AUGUUUUUAAAACUAUUAUUCGUUGCAAUUGUUGAAAAAUAUUUAAAAAAUUGUUUUAGUUGUAAAAAUAGAAUAGCUAUCAAGUUUCAAAAACCAUUCAUUUUUAGAAAAUGUUACCACUGGAACCUUGCUAAAUUAAUAAGAAAAUACAAUAUAAAACAUUAUUUCAUCUUAUUGCUGUUAUAUACUAAAUAUGUUGUUAAAAAUGAAACAUAA